AUGAACUGGUCUGCUCUGCAGUCGCUCAUCAGUGGGGUCAACAAGUACUCCACUGUGUUCGGCCGGGUCUGGCUCUCCAUGGUCUUUGUCUUCCGGGUGAUGGUGUUUGUGGUGGCAGCGCAGCGAGUGUGGGGUGAUGAGAGCAAGGACUUCGUCUGUAACACGGCCCCUGGGUGCGUCAACGUGUGCUACGACCACAUCUUCCCAAUCUCCCACAUCCGCCUGUGGUCCCUGCAGCUCAUCUUCGUCACCUGUCCGUCGCUGUUGGUGGUGGGACACGUCAAGUAGGAGAAGAAGGACCUGCAGUACACGCAGUCGCACAUGGGCGCCCAUCUGUAUGCCCACCCUGGGAAGAAACGUGGAGGGCUGUGGUGGACAUAUCUG